AUAGUACCUAAAUCGCAUUCUUUUUUACCUUGUCCCACUACACAUCACACACACUUUGUAAAUUACGCAGUAACAAUCUACUUACACAUUCUCUAACCACAUGUUUAUUUUUAAAUGAACAACUAUCUCCACGAUGCUCAGUUCGCUUUCGGCUGGUUUUUCAUUCAUUCAUUCAAUUCAUUUCUAUAGUUAAUUAGGUAGUAUCAUAAUGUACUCGGUAGUGAAACGGACGUUCGUCGUGUUCGCGGCAUUAUUAUCAGUGCUAGUGAUCGAAUCGCGAUGUUCAAAUAUUCUCGGUGUGUUUCCAUUCGGAAUAAAAAGUCAUUACAUCAUGUUUCAAUCCAUUAUGACGGAAUUGGCUAGACGAGGACAUAACGUAACAGUGAUCAACGCGUUCCCAAAAAACUCACCACAGAUCAACUUCACCGACAUAGAUGUACAGGAGUGCUCCGAUGUGGCAGAUUUAUUCGAUAUAGAUGUCUCGUACCAGUUCCAUAAUCCUUUCUCCCAAAUCAAUCUAAUGGUUUCAGAAGGCGUCCGGAUGUUCGAAGCCGGUACCAUGUUCGGAUGCGAAUCGAUGAAACGAUUUCUAAACGAGGACAAUUCCUUCGAUUUGAUCAUCACUGAAUUAUUUAACGGCGAUGUGACUUUGGGAUUGGUGGAUAAGUUCAAAGCACCUCAUAUCGCGUUCUGUGCUGGCCCCAUUUACCCAUGGGGAGCUGAUCGUAUGGGUAAUCCAAGUAAUCCUUCUUAUAUUCCAUACCCUCAUACGGAUGAAGCUUUUGAUAGAUUCCAUCCGACGUUCUAUCAAAGACUGUACAAUACUAUUUGUUACGUGUUGGCCGAAACGACGUAUUUUUAUUAUUCCUAUAGUGCCGAAGCAUUGACCAGAAAAGCUCUCGGUUCUGAUUUACCACCACUCGAAGAAAUAGCCAAGAAUACGAGUUUAAUAUUAUCGUUUUCGCAUUUCAGUCUUAAUGCUCCCAUUGCUCUGGUUCCAGGAGUUAUCGAAGUAGCUGGAGUACAAAUCCAGAAGGCGAAACCUUUACCUAAGGAUUUUCAAAAGUUUAUCGACGAGUCCGAGCACGGAAUUAUAUACUUUUGUAUGGGAUCUCUACUAAAACUUGAAAAUAUGCCGGAAUCAAAACUAGCUGCUUUAAUCAGAGCUUUUAGCAAACUGCCUCAGAGAGUUAUAUGGAAAUGGGACGGGCAUCUGCCAGGAAAAACCGAUCGAAUUUUCACCGCUAAAUGGAUGCCUCAACGAGAUAUACUGGCUCAUCCGAAAGUGAAACUAUUCAUAGGCCACGGCGGAGCUCUGGGUUUAAACGAAGCCGUCUACGAGGGAGUUCCAAUUCUGGGCAUUCCAAUAUUUGCCGAUCAAACCACAAAUCUGAGAGUAUUGCAAGCUUACGGAGCAGCUGAAAUCCUCCAGUAUACAGAUAUCAAUAACGAUACAGUACUUGCUAAAAUCAGACAAGUCUUACAACCUGAGUAUUCGAUAAAUAUGAAAAAAGUAUCCGAAAUAUAUAAAGAUAGACCAAUGUCUGCGAUGGAUACUGCAGUGUACUGGAUCGAAUACGUCAUACGACAUAAUGGAGCUCAUCAUUUACGUACAGCUGCUGUGCAUUUACCCCUUUAUCAAUACUUACUUUUAGACGUAAUUGCGUUCCUAUUGACUGUUAUUUUUGGUGGGAUAUUCUUGACGUAUUACGUUUUGAAGAAAUUCUUUUCCUGUUUCACUCGAAAACCGUCUUCUGAUUCUAAAAAACAGAAAUCGAAAAAAAAUAAGUAGGUCAGUAAUGUACGAUUGUGAUUUAAUUUUUUCACAUUUUUAUUUCAAAGAUUUCGAAUACAGGCAAUUAGGUUACCUAAUCAAAACAGGAAGCUGAAAUUUAGUCAAUAUCCUAUUUUUUAAAACCUUUUUUGGUUUAAUUAGGACCACUUAGGUGGGCCUUUCUGGAGCCUUUAGAAAAAUUUAUGAUUUUUUAAAAAUCCAUUCGGAAGUAGAAUGUUUAAAACACGAACCUAGACCAAAUUUCAAAUCUCCUCCUAAAAUUGAUCAAUGCCAAGACCUUCCAAUUAGAAAAAAUGAGGAAGGUUUCAUAAAAUUAGUUAAAAACUCACAGGGUAAAAAUUAAAUCAUAUGAAUGACGAUGCUCAGCCCUUCCCCCCCUCCCGGCCAUUCUUUCUAAAGCCCAAUCAAUCUGAAAAAAAUCCUUCAAGAGGAAAAAGUUGCAAUUUAGAAAAAAAAUGAAAACAAGAAUACUUCGCAAAAUUUAUGGGUACUUAAAUGAGAAGUUAAACAAAUAUGUGGCAGAAGGUCAACUCAUUGCGGUUUUAGAAAAUCUUAAUGCAUACUGCUGAAAAAGUAUCUGUAAAAACCUUAUCAGUGCUUAUCUCACGUAAGGUUUAUCUUUUACGCGGACGUUUAUGAUGUUUAAUUACUACUAAAAAAAUUGAAAAUAGACCAUAAGUUAACGAAAACAACCUUAA